AUGGGAAUUGUAGCUACAUUGGAGUACCUAUGUGAGCUGCUGAGGAGUGUGAAGAAACCCAAGAGAAGGAAGCAACUGCAGACUGUGAGCCUCAAGGUCAGGAUGGACUGUGAAGGCUGUAAGUACAAAGUGAAGAAAAAGCUCUCCUCAAUGAAAGGGGUUAAAUCUGUGGAGGUAGACUUGAAGCAGCAGAAGGUGACGGUGACUGGGUACGUAGAGCCAAGCAGAGUGCUGAGGAGGGCAGAGUCAACCAAAAAGCGGUGCGAGAUAUGGCCUUAUGUUCCCUACAAUUCGGUGGCUUACCCAUAUGUUGCUCCAUCUUAUGACAGGAGGGCUCCUCCUGGUUACGUCAGGCGUGUUGAAAACACUGCGAAUACCGCUACCAUGAGCACCCUAGAAGAAAAGCUGGCUACCUUCUUCAGCGACGACAACCCAAAUGCCUGCUCUAUCAUGUGA